AUGUCCGUUAGCUACCCUCCAAGCUACCACAGUGUAUACAGCGAAGAAGUAGACCAGAGUGCGAGCACCAACUAUAGCACCGCAAGCUACGACCACCAAUCAUCCGGCUCUUUGUCUCAGACUACCGGCAUCACGGACAGCUUUGAGAAGACUGAUCAUGAGCACGAUAUGUCUGGACCUGCCAAGCCCCCAAAUGACAGACCUGUGGCUGGUCGCCCGAGAGUGUGCUACAGGGCGGAGGGUUCGCAGCGCGGCAAUCCACACCAGAAAACCACCAACAUCGGGACCAGUACAGAGACUGCUGGUGAAUAUGAACUUGAGGACUUGGGUGAUGUCAAUAAGAACACCGCAUCGUCACCUAGAGUUAGAGUCGCUAACACUGCGGGCAAUGUUGUCCAGACGGUUGGGGACGCGAUAGGUGUCAUAUCACGGGGUGUCGAAGAAACCAUCUCAAGCGCAGCUGGUUACCAUGGCCCUGGAAAACGUGCCGGGCGGAUCAUUGGAAUGGUUGGUGCACAUAUAGAGACUGGACUGGGGCUGAUUGCGAACGAUAUACGCGAAAAGUGA